CGCAUCCGCUUGCCUCCCCAUUGACGUCACUUUGGUAUCACAUGAACGAGAAGGGACCAAUCCAAGUGGCUCUAUCGAAGUGCUUAGGUUCUUUCACGAAGAUAGAAGAAAAAGACAGUAAAAAGGAACCAUGCCAAUGACCGUUUAAAGACCAAGAAACACGAAGAAAUACGUCGCCUUUGGAUUUGGGUGUUUUCUAUCAAAGCUACGUGACUUGUAUGAGUUCAAUCUGUGGAAGAUGUUAUCUGGACCGGAGCUGGCAGAAUGGACAUGGCCCGAACAUAUUGAGUAGCUCGUUGGGGGUGCUAAACGCGGACAGGAUAGACAUUACAGUGGGAAUGGUGUGGAUAUAUGAUUAUUUGCCUAUCCAAUAACUGCUCUUUUACUUUUCCGUUCUGAAAUACCCCCAUCAAAGACUCUUUCAUGGCUUUUCUAUCAGUGGCUCCGCCGUGUCUGUUUUUCGCCCACAACACUCUUUUAACAAUUGAGGUCGUAUCGCGGUAGCUUUGCUCCCAAGGUUUACAAUCCAAUCCAAUUGGCUUUUCUUUUGAAAUAUAUAUAUUUAAACUAAUAUUAGAUAGGCCUACAUUGUUACCUAUAGGAUCUUUUUGCGACUAGUUGAAUAUGGAUUUUAACAGCAGCGGCGGGGGUAACGAGCUACAUAAUAAACAAUUCUAUCAAUCUGAGGAGAGCAAGCCUUUGCUGGGGGAGAUGUCUGCGCCGACGCCACCGGAGGGGAAUAAUAUUAAGUUAGGCGCCGGGCCGUGCAAGAGAACCCUUCUCCAUUGCAGCAGCGGGAUGCGAUAUAAACUACUACAGGAGGGGGACAUCCAGGUGUGUGUGGUCAAACACCCUCGGACCUUCCUCAGCAAAAUUCUAACCUCAAAAUUCUUACGGAGAUGGGAACCGCACCACCUCACCUUGACAGACUGCAGCCUGGCGUCUGCGACGCCCACGGGGUACAUGGAGGCUGCCCUGUCCUACAGUACCAUAGAGGACCUGCAGCUGCUCUCCUGGGAUAAUGCCCCCAAAUAUUGUGUGCAGCUCAGCUUCCCUGGGGGCACCGUCCUCCUGCAGGCAGCCAACAGCUAUCUUCGGGACCAGUGGUUUCAUUCCCUGCAGUGGAAGAAAAAGAUCUAUAAGUACCGUAAGGUUCUGAACAACCCGAGUCGCUGGGAGGUGGUUCUGAAGGAGAUCAGAUCACUGGUGGACAUGGCCUUGACCUCUCCCCUGCAGGACGAGUCCAUUCACCAGGCCCCGCUGCAAAUCAUCUCCACCCUGCUGGCCGAGAACACCAACCUCAGCUCUCAGGACCAUGAGAACAUCAUUGUGGCCAUUGCUCCUCUCCUGGAAAAGAACCACCCUCCACCGGACCUGUGUGAGUUCUUCUGCAAGCACUGUCGGGAGCGUCCGCGGUCGAUGGUUGUGAUUGAAGUGUUCACCCCUGUGGUCCAGAGGAUCCUCAAACACAACAUGGACUUUGGGAAAUGCCCCAGACUGCGUCUCUUCACUCAAGAGUACAUCUUAGCUCUAAAUGAGCUCAACGCUGGGAUGGAGGUUGUGAAGAAAUUCAUUCACAGCAUGCAUGGUCCCUCCGGGCAAUGCCCUCACCCCCGCGUCCUGCCCAACCUGGUGGCAGUGUGCCUGGCUGCCAUCUACUCCUGCUACGAGGAGUUAAUCAACAGCCGGGACAACUCCCCAAGUCUGAAGGAGAUCAGGAACGGCUGCCAACAACAGAAUGAGCGUAAACCCCUGCCCCUCCGCCUGCUGCGCCCAGAGCCCCCACACCUCCACCAACCUCCCCUCUCCCCUUCUCCCACACUGCCCCUCUCUCCCCCGCCCUCCAUCGUCAACUCCAGUGAGAUCCUGGUGGAGUUGGAACGCAACAACAACACUGCCAACGCCAGGCGGAAGGGCCCAGCGGGAAGCGAUAGUGAGCCCAACCUGAUCGACUGUUUGCUGGUCAGCCCCGCCCUCAACGCCCUGUCAAUCCAGCUGCCUGCCCAGGCCGACCGCGUGUUGGGCUGCUUCGCACUCAUCCUCAAAAUGCUGUCUGACUACGAUGACUGGAGACCAGCCCUGGCCAGUCUGCUGCAGCCCAUCCCCUUCCCCAAAGAGGCCCUUGCACAUGCCAAGUUCACAAAAGAGCUGAAAUAUGUUAUUCAGAGGUUUGCAGAAGACCCCAGACAGGAAGUCCACUCCUGUCUGCUCAGUGUGCGCUCUGGAAAGGACGGUUGGUUCCAGCUCUACAGUCCAGGGGGUGUGGCCUGUGAUGAUGAUGGGGAGCUCUUUGCCAGCAUGGUCCACAUCCUUAUGGGUUCCUGCUACAAAACGAAGAAGUUCCUCCUGUCCCUGGCUGAAAACAAGCUUGGACCCUGCAUGCUCCUGGCUCUGCGUGGGAACCAAACCAUGGUUGAGAUCCUGUGUCUGAUGCUGGAGUACAACAUCAUGGAGAACAAGGACACCCAGCUGCAGAUCAUCUCCACCCUGGAGAGCACUCCGGUGGGCCUUCACAUGUACGAGCAGCUGUGUGACAGGCAGAGGGAGCUCAAAGAGCUGCAAAGAAAAGGAGGCCCAACCCGACUUACUCUGCCCUCCAAGUCUACGGAUGCAGACCUUGCAAGGCUACUGAGCUCUGGCUCCUUUGGGAACCUGGAGAACCUGAGUCUUGCCUUUACCAACGUCACCAGUGCCUGUGCUGAACAGCUCAUCAAGCUGCCCUCUCUCAAACAGCUCAACCUGUGGUCCACCCAGUUUGGAGAUACAGGAUUGCGGUUGCUGUCUGAACACUUGGCGUGUCUGCAGGUGUUGAAUCUGUGUGAGACACCCGUGACCGACGCCGGCCUGCUGUCCCUCAGCUCCAUGAAGAGCCUGUGCAGUUUGAACAUGAACAGCACCAAGCUCACAGCAGACACAUAUGAUGACUUAAAGGCAAAACUCCCCAAUCUGAAGGAGGUGGACGUCCGCUACACCGAGGCCUGGUGAACACAUCCUGUAUGACAUCACUAGAACACCAACUCCCACAUCACCGGAACAUCAUCGGAACACAUAGCCUCUCUUACAUCAACAAUAAGAGGAUCCUCUCCCAUCUCUAGAUGAGGAUACUUUUAUCUGGAGAUGACAUCAAAACGCCACGACCUCUCUAGUAACAUGUCCAUGGAAAAUUACUAUCUUUCUAGUGACAUUGUCAAAAUGCAAGGACCUGUUCUUUCUUGUGAAAUCAACAUGCAAGGACCUCCUUUUUAGUGACAUCAUCAAAAUGCAAGGACCCACUUUCUUGUGACAUAAGGGACCCUCUCUUGCUCUCAUUCUCUCUCAUGUGUUGUUGCUCACUCAGUCCCUGUCCACAUCCUAUUUGCCCUCAAUAGACUCGUCAUAGAUUUCCUCUGUGUUGUGUCAUAUGUACACAGAACAAAGUUAACAAAUGGUGGAUCUUGCCCCUUUCCCCCCUCUCCCUCUCCUGCUCUCUCUAAGGACCUUUGAGUUUAAAUUACCUCUCUUCCCUCCAUUUACUGGGAGCUAUUCUACCCUUGUCUGAUGAAGGCUGGAUAACCAGGUCACAUUCCAGUACAUUUUUUUGAUAUUGCCUCUAGUCAAUCCAAAUGUAGCUUUAAAAGACUAUUCAACUGUCAUUUUGGUCUUGUUGUUUUGUUUGGGUUCUUUCAGGUUAAGAGUCGGGCCUUUCCAGUCCUUCAUUGGGAAUGAGGUGCUACCUCAAAAAAAUAAAAGUUGCAAGACUGUGCCUAAUGCCUUGUAUAACA